AACUCACCUAAAUGAUCAUAUAAAUACGAUCCCCAACUUUACCCUUUUCCAAUCCCCUAUCUCUUCGAUUUCGAUUCCGAUUCUUUCAGAGUCAUUCUUUCCCACCUCCAUUCGAUUCUUUAUUCAUUCAAUUCAACCCAUUCCGAACCCAUUGAUCCCAAAUUCAUUAAUCGCGACAUCCUUUUCUUCUGUUCUAGGGUUAGGGUUUAUUUUCGAUCGCCAGUAAGAGUUAGAACCCUCAUCAAUGCACAUAAACAAGCGGCCAUUUAAUGAUGAGGAUUCUUGUGAAGUUGCUUCCAAGCAUCCAAGACAAUUAGAAUGUGUUAAUGAGCUUGCUCCAGUUGUAGAUAUUGUUCCGUCUCAGAAUGCUCACCAAAAUUCUUUUUCAGGUGAUAGCAGUUUUAAUAUAUGUCGAGACAAAGGAAGAUUUUCAAGUGAUUUGAUUACCGAGGUCUCAAAGCAGACGAAAGCACCUGAUAAUGGUGUUUCUAGUGGCAUUUCUCAUUAUUUGUGGUUCAACAACAGUCUUAUUGAAGCAGAUGCAAGGUUGGAUACAGCCGCUAAUCUAUCACUAUUUCCAGAAUACUUUGACCAUGGAGAGCGACUGAGGGGUUUACUUCAAUCAGAUGACAUUCAUGCAUCUCCAGUUGAUUAUUCUCCUCAAAGGUCAGUUCCCAUAGGUCCAGAGCAUCAAGUUUAUGUUCCAGAAUGGGAUCAACAGGGUUCACAGUUGUCAGAUUAUCAAAUUGAUCCUCAAAAUCAGGUAUCAUGUGGUUCUAGCCUGGACCCUAUGGUUCAUGCCGAUGAAGAGAAGAUGGGUACUUGUGUCAUUUUCAUGCCUGAGUCGGAAGUAUCCUUACAUUAUUGCUCCCAAGAUAGAGCAAGCAAAAGUGACUGUAUGUGCAUUGAUGAGGGUUCUAUCAGAUGUGUGAGACAACAUGUAUUUGAAGCUAGAGAAAAAUUAAGGGAAAAUAUUGGACUAAGUUUAUUUGAGGAAUUGGGUUUCUGUGAUAUGGGUGAAGAGGUCGCCAAGCGAUGGACUGAAGAAGAAGGACAUAUUUUCCAUGAGAUUAUUCUCGCAAACCCUUUAUCAUUAGGUAAGAACUUUUGGGAUCAUCUCUCUAUGGCUUUUCCUUCUCGUACAAUCAAGGACCUUGUGAGCUAUUAUUUUAAUGUCUUCAUGCUUCGAAAGCGUGCUGGACAGAACAGAUUUGAUCCACUAAACAUUGAUAGUGACAAUGAUGAGUGGCAACAAAGUGAUCUUGGAGGUCUUGAGUGCGGUGAGGACUCUGUGGUGGAAUCUCCUGCUGAUCCACAUGCUGCAGUGUAUUAUCAGCAAGACAAUUUGGAAGACUGCCAUGAAGACUUGGAGGAUGCAAAUGAGAUGGGUGGUUAUAAAGAUGAAGAUGAUGCUGUUGUUGUUUCUAGUCCGGCAACUGAUGAAGAGGAUAGAGGGGACAUAGAUAAUGGUACAGGGGCUGAUGUUAAGGAUUCGCCUGGUACUUAUGGUGAAACUGCUAUGGAUCUGCUGGGAAAAAUUCCCAAUAAUAACAAUAGAGAGGAUUCUGAUGUUCAAGAUGAUUCCUGCACAUCUUACGAGUAUCAGAGAGACGGAAUAGAACAAUGCUGUCCGCAUGACGAGGGAAGUCUGGGGAGCUAAUGUAAGAGACUAGUGUUGGAUGAUAUCUUCAAUCCUUGAUGGUUUAUUCAGAAGCAACUACUUAUCCAAUUUCGAACCUUGCAAUUACAAAUCUUUUGAGUUGUUAAAUAUGGUAAAAUUUAUGGGUUCUCUGACCCCGGCACAACUUGAUGGAGGUUAGUCGCAACUGAUUAAGGUUGCGGUAUACAUGAGUGAUUCUUAGUUUAUUGCUUCCACGGAUUAAGCCAGUUUAUUGAUGGAGGUUAGUCUCUCAUGGAAAUUUGCCUUCAGCAUUGUUAUCUACAAGGGGAAAUUACUUAUUUUCCAUUUCAAUAAGUCUCAAGGCCGCUGGCGUUGGCAACAAUACAGUCUUGAGGCCAAGGUUUCCUUGUAGAAGUGAAUAAGGUUAAAUGUUUGUUUAUGAAAAGAAAAGGAAAAGGAAAAAAGAGAAUUUUUUUUUCUUACACUCUACCUGUUUGACAUCUUUUCUUUGCAAGCCCAACACCGGCCACCAGAUAUAGUUUCUUCUUUAAUCCCACGUCAAUUUUUUUUCCUUUUCCGGCGGCAAUGUAUCUCUGGAAAAAUAUGGCUAUGCAUCUGUUUGAGUAUCAAUAAAAUUCAUUUUUGUAUAA